AUGCGGUCUUCGUGGCUGCUGUUCGUGCUCAUGGCCCUCGUCGCCCUGUCGGCCGCCUUCAGCGUCGAGGACGCGCUUCACAUCGACGGCAUCAACGCCUACCUGCACCACGGCGAGAAGCGACAGGCCCAGGGCACCGGCGCCUCGUCGUCUGCCGACGCGCCGUCGUCGUCCGCCCAGGCGCCAUCAUCGACUGCCGACGAGCCCUCCUCCACCGCUGCCGCGCCCUCGACGUCCGCACCCAGCACUACAGCAGCCGAGCCUUCGUCGUCCGAUACCACACCCACCAGCGCAGCCCAGCCGUCCCAGGAGAGCUCCUCGGCCAACGCAGACCCCAGCACAACCGACGCGUCUGCCGCAUCCAAGACCUCCGCAAAGGCCUCCGCGUCCUUGUCUACCAAAGCCCUCGUGUCCACCGAAGUCGCCCCAGUUACCACCAUCCUGACCCGAACCCUUACCAACGGGCAGACGAGCCUGGAGACGAGCGUGGGAUCGCGGACUGUGGAACACACCACUGGAUCCACGGUCGAAACCGCCCUCCCAACCACGCAGGCCAGCAGCAGCAGCAGCGGCCUCAGCUCCACCAAUAAGUCCAUCAUCGGCGGUGUUGUCGGCGGCGUCGGCGGCGCUAUCCUGCUCGGUGGCAUUGCUCUCGUAUGCUGGCGCAUGUGGGGAAAGAAGAAGCGUGUCACCGAGGACGACGCCGACCUGAUGGCCGGCACCGGCUCUGCCCUCGGCGACAAGUCGCACAGCAGCGCCAGCCCCUUCCAGUCCAACCUCGAACAGUACCACAACCCCGGUGGCCGACCAAACGCGGCUGCCAACUUCUAG